AGACUUGUCCAAGCACUUCCAUCUCCGAUGCCGGGCCUGCUUCUGCCCUUUGCAGCGCUGCUGCGCUGGGCACCUGUUCUGCGGCCCACAAGAGGCCCGAAGAGAUACCCUGUCCACCAUGGAGCCGCACAGAACGGUCCUUGGAACACCAUGUUCCUUGAAGGACCUUUGCUGGGUUCCAUUUCAGCUGACCGGAGGCCUUGCCCCAGCCACGCGGCGCUUUGCCGCGCCCCGCCGCGGUGCAGUGGAGAGCUACGCCAAGGUCUCGGUGCUCUGCUCGCGCUGCGGCGAGCUGCUGGCGAGGUACCGCAAGCGGAACGGCACCAAGUCCAACCUGAUCAAGAUGUACGUGGAGCGCAUCGCGGAAGACACGCAUUCAAUUCUGGCGAUGGAGAGCCAAAUCCCCGCCUGCGGCGAGAACAAGGAGAUUGCCUGCCCCGGCUGCGAGCGCAGCUUCUGCCGAGGGCCCCGGCUGGUGAAGGGCCGGCCGGCCUGGAAGAUCAUCGCGGGGCGCGUGCGCAUGAAGUGAGG